AUGGGCGACUAUAGUUAUGGUUUGUCCCGAGCGCAAUCGACGACGCUUCUUCAUUCACAUCGUCCCAGAAUAUUAGUAACACGCGCAAAAUCUGUGCCAGAUCUUGUGAAUUAUGUAAGAAAAAGCAGCAAAUACAAGCCUCAAUGGGGAUAUACAUUCUGGCCCGACUAUGACUUUUAUGAUGACUUUUGGUAUGAUCGUUACAGUGGAUUCAGACCACUUUACAAAAGUUCGUACUAUCCACAUCGUUAUUAUCAUCCGGAUGUAAUGCCCAAUCCACACUACUGGAAUGGACCAUAUACUGCAUGGGCAAAACAUAGAGGAUUUUGGUACGACUACAAUUCACCAUUCUACUACCGAAGAUACUUCACUUACUACGACGACUAUCCACGCUACCUCUAUACCCCCUUUCGCACCAGAAACUACACCACUACACUUUACGGUCGUUACUACUGA